AUGGAAAUCAUGUGUGUAAAGCAGGGCAAACCUAUCUACGCCAAGGGCGAAGAUGAGAGGAGUGGGUAUGUCUUAAUGAGCGGCUGGGCAUGUGCCGAGACAGACGCUUGCGAGUCCCAGAACAUGCUCAGGCGGUCAUCAACUUUGAAUUUGACGAUCUCUCCUGGCAGUUUUAUCGGCGAACAUACUAUGCUUUGGGGCUUUCCUCGCCGCAUGACUGUGGAUGCUGUUACCGAUUGUGUCCUGGGAAAGCUCACCAGUGCAACGUACUUUAAUGUGAUUACCCGCUCGGCCAUGGCUGCCCGAAGCUUGAAGGAAAAGUACUUGCGGAAAGUUCCAAUGUUUGAGACCUUUGAUGACGAGCUCAUAGCUCGCAUCACAGACAUCGUAGAAAAGAGAUCUUACGCCAAAGGCGCAAAGAUCAUCAUCCAGGGGCAAAAGAUCGUGCAGCGUGGCCAAAAGCCCAUAAAAGGGCAAACUGUGCCGGCGGAACUUUACAUCGUGCUGAGCGGCGAAUGCUCAGUCAGCUUGCUGGUUGACCAGGUUGGCUCUGAGAAAUCAGAGUUGGAGGAGCAUGUUGUCAGGCGAUAUGGUCCAGGUGAAAGGUUUGGAGAGUUGGCCUUCAUCAAUCGCACGGAUCGUGCGGCUUCUGUAACGGCUUCAACUGACGCCGAGCUACUCUGCCUUGAUCGCGACACAUUCGAGCGUUUGGUGGAAUUAGAGCUCAAGCAACGGGAAAAUUACGCUUCUGAUCCUCGCAAAGCGCUCGCCGAUUUCUACAGCUCGAGUGAUCAGAGUGGUCCUGGCGGCGUUGCGCAGACGCCUGGAGGGACUCAGUGGUUUGCAGUGUACCGGCCGACAAGUCGAGAUGCUUUGGCAAAGAUGUUGAACCAGACAGCAGUUGGAAAAGGGCUAAAUGUGAAAGGAAAAUCUGCAAAGAAGAACUACCUCUCAGGUUUUGUGCCCUUUCUUCAAAUCAGCAGAAACGAGCACAAGAAGCAAAUAGAACCCUCCCCAAAAGAUGCAUCCGUCACAAUUUAUUUUCAAUCGCGAGAAUCGCAAGAAGCAGCCCUGAAAGAAUUUGAGCGCACAGCUUGUGCAACUGAGAACGAGGCCAUAUCUCUCUCGCUCAUCUCUAAAGAUGAUUCCUAUCCGGGCGUGUAUGGUCUGGUGAUGCCAGAAACGUUGAUGCGCGAGGUUUUUAUUGAGCGACCUGAUAUCAACUUUCGAGCCGGUUGGGAGACUGGCCGAGAAUCUGAACCGGCUUUUAUGGACAUGAACUUGCAUGCUGUGCGACGCUCAAAUGCUUCCCCAAAGGUGGUCUUGUAUCAGUACGAUGCCACGGAUGAACUGAACCCACAUGGUUUGCUCAUUGCAUACGCAGAAGAGUACCAAGCGCACAAGAAAAAGAUCAGAAGUGUGAAACCAGUGGUGUCAGAUUUUUAUACAUUCACAGUUGGAAGCAUUGGAAUGACAUAUGAGGCAUUGCCUCAGUGUCAGGCAGACCUCAUGCAAUGGAUAUGA